CCACCUUUUGACAGCAAAGUAUUAACAAAGAAGUUUUAAAACACAACAUUUAACCUCUCUCUUGGCGUUUUAGUGGUUAAAAAAAUUCAGGCGAUAUUUCUUUACACGAGUGUUUCCACCCGCUUUCAGAAAGUGAAUAUUGUGACUUUAUUUGGGACAAAAGCUGCUUGGUGAAGCUAGUUCCGCCUUGCUUUUGUCCCUUGUGAUAAACCGCAGCGACAAGUGUCAAAAGUAAUCACAGCUCAACGAGAAACAAGGGGGAAAAAACACGUCUCCUGUCACUUUUGGAUAUAUUUCCACACAAACCAAGCUCUGCGUAGAAACGAUACAAGCGGAUUGUCGCAUCUCGCAGGGGCAGCGAACGCAUCACCUACUGAGCAGGAGAGGUUUUGGUGGAUAGAAUCUUAAUACACAGAGGAGUGCUGUGAUCACUGUGCUGCUGCUGCAAGAAGAAAGCAAAGAAGAAAUCAGAGCCAGACUACGAGUAUUUUGGAGGAUUUUAUUGCAGAUCAAUGAUCUUCACCAGAAGAGCUGUUGACUGCUGAGUUUUGGACACUGUGAUGGAAAAUCCUGACGAUGAGGUGGACCUGCAACACAGCACGACACCGGGCGAAGACGGAAACUCGGGCGGGGGAACGCCUCCGACCAAACGCAAAGGCAAAUUCUCCAAAAUGGGAAGAAUCUUUAAGCCCUGGAAAUGGAGGAAGAAGAAGCCGAGCGAGAAGUUUGCUGAAACGUCUAUAGCUUUGGAAAGAAAGAUUUCAGUUCGAAAAAGUCGCCAAGAGCUGAUAGCAAGAGGUGUUCUAAAGGAAAUCCCAGAGAACGAGAGCAACGAUGUGAACCACUCUAAAGCACCGGUGAAGAAUGGCCACCCUGUGCCCAUGGACGUGGACAAGGUGUCUGAAGUUGGAGUUCGGGUGACCCGAGGGGAGUCGGACAACAAGUCCAACACCCUGAGGCUGGCACAGGGAGACGAACGCCGAAACAGAGCGCCGUCCGACGCCUCGCGGAGCAACCGGGCGCCUCUGGACGUGGACUCUCACGCUCGGCUCGCCGUGGACGCAGACAGGAGAAGCCGCCUGCCGUCAGACGUGGAUAAGAGAGGGUCUUUACCCAGAGGACCCUCGCAAGACGACAGAUACCGCAGAGACGAGAGGGAGGACAGAGGGAGGAGGGACAGGGAGGACACAGAAAGAAGGGAAAACAGGGAGAGAGAAGGAGGAGGAGGGGCGGACCGGAGGGAAGACAGAGACUUCAGGGAAAGGCGAGAUUGGAGAGACGAUAGAGAGAAGAGAGACGAGAGGACGGAGAGAGACAACAGGGAAAGGAGGGAUCGGGACGAGAGGGAGCGAAGAGAUAGGGAUGAGAGAGAAAGGAGGGAUCGGGACGAGAGGGAAAGGAGGGAUCGGGACGAGCGAGAAAGGAGGGAUCGGGACGAGCGGGAAAGGAGGGAUCGGGACGAGAGAGAAAGGAGGGAUCGGGACGAGAGGGAAAAGAGGGAGCGCGAAGAUAGAGAAAGGAGGGAUGACCGGGACAGACGAGAAGAUAGGGAUCGACGGCCCGAGAGGGAAAGGAGAGAGAACCGAGACGACAGAGAAAGAGAAGACCGGGAGAGGAAAGACCCUCGAGCGGAGAGAGACGACAGAGACAGAAGAGAGGACAGGGACAGACGAGAUGACAGAGAGAGGAGGGAGGACAGGGACAAGCGGGAGGACAGGGACAAGCGGGAGGACUGGUCCAAGAGGAACGAAAGACCUCGACGAGAGGAGCGGGAGAAAGACAGGAGGGAAAAGCCGGAGCCUCUUCGCACCGCGGAAGAAUCCCGACCCCCCGUCAGACCCGGACCUGACGUGGACCCUAGACCUCCUCUACAGAAGAGCUCCUCAGAGGACAACAAGAAGCCUCGUCCCGCCUCCGAGGCUGACCGAAGGACCACCUUACCCAGAUACAACCCGGCUGCUGAGUUCAGAGAACGUUCAGAGUCUGCAGCCGCCGGCGUCCGCUUCGCCCCCGACCCCCACCCGACACCAGACUCCCAGCCAGAUCCUCCCCCGGCCAGACAAGCCCUGCUUCCCCCGAAAUUCCUCUUAGCUUCCUCCACAGAUCCCGCCGCCUCCUCUUCAUCCUCCUCCUCUUCAUCCUCCUCCUCUUCAUCCUCCUCCUCCGCCGCUCCUAUAGCCGUGGCAAGGCCGCUAAGGACUGUCUCCCUAAUAACAGACGACCCACCUCGACCCUCCUCCACCAUCACAACCACCUCCUCCUCCUCGGGCGACUCUAGUGCACCGCCCCCCGUCCCUCCCCACGGCAAGACGCCUCCCGUCCCCCCACCCAAACCCACCAACCGCAACAGCAACCCCGCACUGCUAGCUGAGCUUUCACAGUCUGGCAGCGGCAUCAUCGUGGUGCCAGCGCCCGCUAAACGAUCUCCACCAACCCCACCCAAGAGGAUGACCCCUGUCACCAAGCGCCAUUCCAUGGAUCCUACUCCUCCCAGCCAGACCCCGGAGUCCUCCUCCACCACCACCGCUACCGAUCCGGCCCCCACCUCUGCACCACUGCCCCCUGCUGCCCCUAAAGGAGACAACAGCGAGGACGCAGCAGCAGUCCAGCAGCAGCAGCCCUCCACUGACUCUCUGGCACCACCACCCCUGCCCUCCCACAUACCCCCGUCUCCUCCAAGAGUUCAGUCGCUCCCUCCGCCAAGCAUCACCACCACCACCUCCUCCGACCCCCCAAGCCCCACCACCGAGCCUCCCAGCCAGCCUCCGGCCAUUCCUCUUCACAUCCUCAUCCAGAGAGCGCUGGCCAGCCCCGGCCCCGCUCAGCCCAGCCCCGACGGCUCCCAGAGGGCCCACUCGCUGCUGUUUGAGUCCCCUCCAGAUUUCCUCACAGAGUUGGGGGGCAACACGCGGAACUCUCUGCCAAUCACCAUCGAACCUCUCAGGCUGCCAGAAGACGACGACUUCGACAUGGAGGAGGAGCUGCGGAAGAUUCAACCUCAGAGAUUCCCCCGCCAUCACGAUCUGGGGCCCCGCAGCCGCAGGGGUUUGGUGGGAGACCCCAACGUCUGCGUCAUCCCAGAAGGCGGAGGCCCAGGAGACAGCGAGGAGGAGGAAGAGGAGGAGGAGGAGUCUGACUCUGACGGCCCCAUCCUGUACAGAGACGACGAGGAGGACGAGGAGGACGAGGAAGGCCCUCCGAGCGGGCUGGCGAGCCGCGUCAAGAGGAAGGACACGUUAGCCCUGAAGCUGGAGAGACAGGAGCGGGAGGACAGGGACGCUCAGGAGAGCCAGGACAGCAUGAGCUGGCAAAACAGAGAGCAGUGGGAGGCGGUGAGGAACAAGAUCGGCACUGCGCUGACACGGCGGUUGAGUCAGAGGCCGACAGCGGAGGAGCUGGAGCAGAGGAACAUCCUUCAAGCCAAGAAUGAAGCAGAUAGACGGAUGGAGAGAUCUGAGAUCAAACGGAGGCUCACCAGAAAGCUCUCCCAGAGACCCACGGUGGCAGAACUCCAGGCGAGGAAGAUCCUGCGUUUCCACGAGUACGUGGAGUCCACCCACGCCCACGACUACGACCGGCGAGCAGACAAACCGUGGACCAAGCUGACUCCUGCUGACAAGGCCGCCAUCCGCAAGGAGCUCAACGAAUUCAAGAGUUCAGAGAUGGAAGUCCAUGAAGAAAGCAGGAUCUAUACCCGGUUCCACCGGCCGUAGCUGCCCCACUGCUGACCAGUAAGACACUUCAACUAAAGUGUUCAGUCAGUCCACGCUGCAGCCAGCCAGCCAGCCAGCCAGCGAGAGAGCGAGGAGGCACUGCGAACUGAACAUGCGGGGCCCCUCCCGUUUGGUCCAUUUUAUUUUAAACUGCCUGCCUACUAACCCGCUUCCAGCCGAAGACACUACUGUUGAACCGAAAGCCACUCAGCAGUUCUCAGAAAUCGAGCGCAGAGUUCAGGACAGGAGGGAUUUGUCGGAGGUGCCCCGUGCCAACACUAAAAGUGCAAGAACCCCCCCUCUACACACACACACACACACACCCCUACCUUUAUAAGGGGGGGGGGGGGUUGCACAGCUCACUAGAUAGAACUUUAAGGAUAACACUUUGAGGGUUAUCCUCUACUCUGUACUGUACUGUAUGUAUCACACUGUCACCCUCAAAGGGGAACCCCACUUCUCACCUUGCCUUCACCAUAUAUUUUCCUUCCUCCCCAGUGAGGAACACUACGCACAUUUUAAGAUAUCACUGUAGUUUAUACAAGCACUGUAGAUAUAUGUGUGUGAGAGUGUGUGUGCGCGUGUGUGUGCGCGUGCGUGUGUGUACUAUAAAUGUCUAUCUAAAGGUUUGCCACGCAGCACCAGCCUUACUCCUCAUACGAUUUAACACUUUAAAGAGACGGAAAAUGUGAAACAAUGCGGUACAGCAGCAGCAGUGACGACUAACUAGAGUAGAGCCUUCAACCUAAUGUGUGCAUUUUACUGUAUGUCCUCGAUCAUUUAAAUGAUUCUCAUGGAGCACAUAUCACUAAAUAAUUGUAUAAUAAUAAUACUACUAAGGCACCUUAUGUUCCUUAAUUGGGUGUAUAGAAAAUUUAUCUUUUCUUUUUUUUUUUGGAUUAAUAAUUCUAUAUAUGUUUAUAAUUGAAUUAUUCCAGCAGGAAAAUGUACAUAUUUUUAUUUUCCUAGCUGUUUUUAUGGUACUUAAAAUAAAUAAAUAUAUACAGGUCAAUAGAUUGCUGCAAUUGUAUAGAGCACCUGUGUAGAUUUAAUUGCCUGCUGACAUGUUUUUAAUUGUAAAGUAUUUCUCAAAUGUUAUUUCCAACUAGUUAAUGGUACAAAAUGUGUUCCUUUUUUUUUGAUACAGAGAUCUUUAAAACCUUCUUCUUUUUUUUUGCAAACUACAGUCUAAAUGAACAAUCCACUCAGAAAUUAAAAAUAACGUGAUUUACAUUUCAACAUCUGUCUUUUAUUUCCU